AUGGCAGCAACAACUGGUGCAGUGCUUAAUGGGUUGAACUCACCCUUCUUGUGCGGAGGCAAGAGAAGCCAGGCCUUGUUGUCUGCUGGUUUUGGAACCACCAGAGUUGGAGGAGGCCCUGCUGCUCCUAAGAGGUUCAUUGUGGUUGCUGCUGCUGCACCUAAGAAGUCUUGGAUCCCAGCCGUUAAAGCCAGCAACAACUUCAUCGAUCCUGAGUGGCUCGAUGGCUCGCUUCCAGGUGACUACGGUUUCGACCCGCUAGGACUAGGCAAGGACCCAGGGUUCCUAAAGUGGUACAGAGAGGCUGAGCUCAUCCACGGAAGGUGGGCAAUGGCGGCCGUGGUUGGCAUCUUUGUAGGCCAGGCCUGGAGUGGUGUCCCAUGGUUCGAAGCCGGGGCCGACCCCAGCGCUAUAGCACCCUUCUCCUUUGGCUCACUGCUUGGCACUCAGCUCUUGCUCAUGGGUUGGGUGGAAAGCAAAAGAUGGGUGGACUUCUACAACCCCGAGUCCCAGUCCAUUGAGUGGGCCACACCUUGGUCCAAGACUUCGGAGAACUUUGCCAACGCCACCGGAGAGCAAGGCUAUCCUGGUGGCAAGUUCUUCGACCCCUUGGGCUUCGCCGGCUCCAUCAAGAACGGAGUCUACAUUCCAGACAGCGAAAAGUUGGAGAGACUGAAAUUGGCCGAGAUUAAGCAUGCAAGGCUUGCUAUGGUGGCUAUGCUAAUUUUCUAUUUUGAAGCUGGACAGGGGAAGACACCCCUUGGAGCUCUUGGCUUGUAA